AUGGAAGAUCCAUCUUUUGAUGUUGAAGUCUAUGUUUAUGACUUAUCUCAUGGUUUAGCUCCAGUAUUAUCACCACAAAUCUUAGGUAUCAGAUUAGAUGCCAUUUAUCAUACUUCAACCGUUAUUAAUGGCAAAGAAUAUUAUAUUGAUCAAGGUAUUAAAGUAAAUACGCCGCCUGGAUCUACUAAAUAUGGAAGACCUAUCGAGGUCAUUAAGAUGGGAAAGACUUUUGUGGAUGAAAAUAUCCUUCAAGAUUAUAUAAAUGAAUUAAUGGAAAGAACCGAUUUGAAAUUCACAGCUGCAAAAUAUGAUUUGUUUGAUAACAACUGUAACCAUUUCACUGAUUUGUUGACUGAUUUUCUUGUUGGAAAGAAUCUUGAUGAUAGGAUUUUGAAAUUGCCUGAACAAGUGUUAAAUACACCAGGAGGACAAAUGUUGAAACAAAUGUUAGGGGGUAAUCAGCUAUAUUAG